GAAGAGAACGAGAGAGUUUGUGUGUAGAAGAGAGAAAAACGCAGUACAGGUCACUCUCCGAGGACACAGGUAAAUUAGCCAGUUUACUGACUCCCACAUUCGCUCUCCAUCACCCCAGUGAAGGCCCCUGAUUGACACCGAGGGCAAGGAAGAUAAAGUUCCUUACAAUUUCCUUGUACAGCCUGGACAGGCAGAAGAAUUCAUCAAGAAUGGGUUGCUUCGGAUUUCUCAAAGUCAUGAUGUUUGCUUUUAAUGGCAUCAUCUUUUUGGCGAGCGCUGCCAUCCUGGGUGUGGGGAUCUGGGUGAAGGUGGACAGCGGCUCGAUCCUGGGGUUCCUCAAGGUUAUAAAAGACGCUCCGGCGGAGAUGAACCAGAUCCUAAAUGUGGGAUACCUGUUGAUUGCUGUGGGGGCAGUGCUGCUGAUCGUAGGUUUCCUGGGCUGCUGUGGUGCCAUGAAGGAGAGCAGGUGUAUGCUGCUCAUUUUCUUUCUGAUUGUGUUGGUGUUGUUCAUUGCAGAGGUGGCUGGAGCAGUGGUUAUCCUGAUGUUUAAACCCUUGGCAGGUCAGUUGAUUGAGAAACUGGGCACCAAAGUGGUUCAGAACAUUAGGAAGGACUAUGGAGAAAAUUCAGACGUCACCGCUCUCUGGAAUGUUACUAUGGAUACGCUAAAGUGCUGUGGAUUCUACAACUAUACAGACUUCACUGACUCUCCAUUUGAAAAAUACACCCAUCUCUAUCCUCAACAGUGCUGCCACAGUGCUGAUUUCAGCUCUUGUGAUGGUACAAGUGCUACAAUCAUCGGCUGCUUCCCAAAGCUUAUGCAACUGAUUGAUGAAAACACUAUUGUCAUUGUGGCAGUGGCAUUGGGAAUCGCUGCUCUUGAGAUAUUGGCGAUGGUUGUCUCCAUGACUUUGUACUGCAUAAUAGGCUCAAAGAGUGACUGACUGAAAACCAAUGGAGGGAGGGCCAUGGAGACAUCUGCCUGGAUGGCAUCUCUGGACCCUCCUUAGGACAACUACAGGGAUGGAUGCAUAAGAAUCUCUGAAAUCACCAAGGCUGAAGAGAAAUCUAAGGAAGCUUUGUGAUAAGGAUAGGCGCCCCACCACUGAGCCAGUUUAAAUGAAAUCCUGUGCGAGAUUAUUGGAUAUGGGAAAAUGUCUAUUUGUAUUGAAAUCUUUUAUUGUAUACAUAUUUCACCUGAAAAUGAUGCUGUCUUACAUUUAGAUUGAAGCAAAACAUUGCGUCCUAUGUUCAUUCCACUCUGCACAGUAUCAUCAAGGUUUAUAUUAAAAUAACAUUAUCAAUUCACUGUCAGGAAAUAUAUAUGUGCCACUUUUUAUAAUUUUAUUAAUUGAUUUUCUACAGAUGCUACAUGCUCUGGAGAAUGAAUAAAAAGGUUGCAACUUGCAACGUUCUGAAAAUAA